GAGAGAAGAGGGCAAUCCUUGCACAAUAUGUGAAAAGGUUUUCUGUGCAAGUUGCUGCGCGCUGAAGUCCAAACUCGAACUGACGGUUUCUCGGCAAGUACGCAGGUCCUGUGUGUGUCAGCGUCUGAUCAAACUUAAGAAAUCAAUAACCACCACAUCCCAUGAAGCAAGCAAUGCCAGUGAAAAACUUCUUGAGCAAAGUGACUUAGUCACUCUAGCAUUAAAAAAAGACAAUAACAAAACGUCUGACAAGUGCAAUCUACAAACGGAAUACAAAUAUAUCUCAAAUUCACGUGUGACUUCGCCCUUAAAUACGUAUGUUCCGCUAAAUGGAUCUCCUGUUAAAUUAACAACCACAAGUCUUCAUAAUAGAAAUUUCACACCAAUUAUGACUGAUAAACGGAUCGCGCCAAAAUCAACUUUUCGUGUUGAUGAAUUCAAUGCAGGAAAUAGAAAACUAACAUCGCAGUCAAAUUGGGAAACCAAACAGGUUGCAUCAACAUCAAUAUUCAAAACUAGAAAAUUUGAAUCACAAUCAGCUUCGGAAAAUGUUCAAAUGAUAGCAAACAAAGGGGUGAAUUCAGAGUUACAUAUAGGACAUUCCCGGGUCGAUGAGUCAACGAAAAAAAUUGGUUUUCCCGAACGUCUAGAUUACGACGAUCUUGUAGCGAAAAAUUUAAUUGAACUCGCUCAAAUGAAAACAACUCGUGGUCAUCAAAACAUGUCAAGUGAUGGCCUUUGGCGCUAUGAUGAACCCGAGGUUGAAACGGAUUUAUUCAAUAAUGAUGGCUUGGAUAUGGAGGCAAUACCAGCUUUUGACGACAUUCCCCUUGCUUUGCUAUUGUCUAAAGCUUUUAAUGAAAAGGAAUUACAAAUUGCACAUGAGAAACAGAGGCAAGAGAACAUUUUGUCUUUCAUUCAAAGACGCAGAUUGCCCGAAGGAACAUACCACAAUAACGAUGACCGUUGGGCGCACUUUGAUGAUGAACCCCCUAAGCAGGUUCGUAAAAACGAUGAGCAUCAUGAAUAGCGUGAUACUUUAAAUUUAGAGAUGUCAAAUGAACCUGUUGAGGUAGAUGGACCCGAAAUUAAGACGGACAGCAACACUGUUAAAAAGCAUGAAGACAAUAAAACUGUCUGCGCGAGCAUUUGACAGACUGAGAAAAAUGCAGUCGUCCAACAAGAUUAAAUGCUUUGCAUGUAGCAAUCCAGAUUGUCAGGGCGAUUAUGUCCAGUCCAUUCAAGGUUUGAUGCACGAGGCUCGCAAACAAGGACUGGAAGUUAACGAUGUACCACCAGACGGCAAUUGCAUGUUCACUGCUGUCUGCGAUCAACUACAGGCAUUAAACGACAUGUCCUACACUGCAAGAACAUUACGGGAAAAGGCCGUCACCUGGUUGCAAGAUCACCCGUACUGUUCUGAUGACAGCAACACUCAUUUUCAAGCUUUCAUGGAGGAGAACUGGGCCUCGUAUCUUCAGAGAAUGAUAAAAGACGGCGAGUGGGGUGAUCACGUGGUUUUACGAGCAGUGGCCAACGCUACUGGGUGCAUUAUUAAAAUUCUCAAUGCUCACGGCAAAUCAUGCUCAUGGACGACAUUAGAGCCAUCAGAAAAACAAGACGGAAGACGUGAAGUCAUUUUGGGACUAGUGGGGGAAAGCCAUUAUACCAGCCUUAGACGUGGAGACAUGGCUGUAGACGAUGUGGUGUCUAAAUGCGAUGACCAAACCACAAUGGCGACAGAGAAACUGGAGUUAAGCGAAGAAGACCGAGCCCUCGUGGAAUUAUUCAUCAAAGACCACGUGGAUAGCAGCAGCAGGAUGCCAAUGGUUUCCAUAUCAUUUCUUAUAACACGGCUCUUUUCAAUAAGAGGUGUAUCCAGCGAGGCGGCCGAAAACUCAUUUAAGCGUUUACAAUACUGGACGGAAAUAGCCAAUAAGAGAAUACAGAAUGACCCCAGAUAUCAACCAAUGAUUGGUGGAUGCAUUGGCUAUGGAGUAUUCCAUCCGGACCUUUGUUUCAACUCACCAAACCCUAGCAGCACAUUCAACAUGAUAGAUUUAAACAUAUUUUAUGUCUGCAAGAUGGAUGAUUCAUUGGACCACUGGAGUCUUAUAGGACAUGGUACACUGUGCUGCGUGGGUUAUACACAGGUAUAUUGUUCCAAUAAACAUGUACGACCAAGUAGUUAUAACGCAUACAACUCCGUCAUACAUACACCCAAUGGCGGCAAGAUUUGUGCAGUCUUUGUCGUCCAUUGGCCAAUUUGGCCUCAAGAAGCAUCAGAAUGGAUAAGCAGAGUAAGGUAUGCAGGUUGGCCAUCUGACGAAAUUGUCCAUGACAUAUGUUCCAAGGGAUGCCAUUUGAUUCCCGAAGCACACGAAAACAGCGUGGAUCCAGAAAAAGAGUGGACGUUUUGUUUUGUUGACGCAGUAACUAACCUGUUUCAAAAAGCCAUUUCAGAAAAUCAAAAGUAUUGUUUUCUGAUUGUAUUCGGCAUGUGUUUUGAGGGGUUAAACCAUCUUGAAGACUUUAAAUUGGAUUGGCUGGUCAACCCAUUUUUGUAUUGCUGCGAACGCUUUCCUUCAGAUGUAUGGCAAAACCAUCGCGCUUCUUGCAUAAUGUUAAUAAUCGAUAAUAUGAUUCUGUACUUCAAAUCACGAUGCCUUCCCAGUUAUUUUAUACCGUCAUGGAACCUGAUUGAAAACUUGAACGAAGAAAGAACGAAUGUAGUGAUGGAGAUCUUGGGAAACAUGCGUUCAGAACCAGUAGUUGUGUUUCGACAAAUGAUUGAUAAUUUCAUGGUGUCUCUGUCACCAGAAACAGAAUCUGUCUUUGAAAGGGUAUGUGCAGACGCGCUUAAUUUUAAAAGCACAAAGGUGACCACCCUUAACACUUUAAUACCGUGCAUGAUAGUUAUUGCUAAGCGCUCCGUUAAAAGCGCACAAUAUAUAACCGCAUUAGAGGAAUUAAAUGAAGCAUUUCAAGCCCGUUUGUCUGUUGCAACGUGUGAAGACGCCAUGUCAUUUGAAAACUUUAUCCAAGGGUGCUUCAAUGGCCUAGAUGUAUUUGAGUCGGUAUGGUUCGCAACUUUCGUCGAUAAGCAACUGCAAGGUCAGUUGUCGAGACCCCUUAUACGACUGAUUUUAGAUGAUCGAGCAUUGCAACGAAUAGAUGAAAUUAUUGAAAAGGAUGUUGCAGGAUUCUACGCGUCAUCAGAAGUUCCGGAAUCGUGGAAAUACCAGUUCGACAAAUUUUGUCGCGAUUACGCUGCGUUUUUAGUGUUUGUUGAUAGGGUUUCCGAUGCGCUGCCUGUGUUAUACAGAUGCCAUGAACGGUACCAAGAGUUUAUGAACGGCGAAGGCGGUUCAUACUUUUCAGACGAAACAAUGCUAGAAGUAUACGCCGGGAUAUUUUCAUUGUACAAAAAGCAGCUGCAAACAGAAAUGUUCAAAGAAGUGCUGGAGGUCGCAGGUUCAACCGUGAACCGCGUUAAUCAACCAGGAGGGUACGGUUGGCUUGCGCAUGUGUAUCACAUGCUAGGAGAUGCAAACGGAACGAAGAUAUGCACUUCAAAGAGAGAAGAACUACGAAGAUAUAUGUCUUCUGGCAUGGACGAGUACAAUCUGAUACACUGGCCAACUAAGAUUGUGGUGAUGUUGACUUAACAUGGAAAACAUGAAUAUGAUCAUUUACGUUAAUGUAUGUGAAACGUGCUAUAUCUUGGCAGUAUAAUAUUGAAACAUUUGUUUAUAAAUUAUAUCGCAUUCUUUUCAAAUAAACUUGAGUUAUAAAAGUAUGGCAUGCAGUAUAUAAUAUAAUUAUGUAGUAUAUUGAAUAUGCCUAAUACUGUUAUAUUUACGAGAAGGAGUUAUCAUGGUGUGUAUUAUGCCAUGUUUACCUACAGAAUAUUGUUUGUCUAACAUAUGAAUGUUUUUAUUAUAAUAUGGUCUUCUCUGUGAUCCUAUCAAAAGUAAUAAACGGAUGCAUUAAGAGCAUUCACUUAAAGAUACAGUGAUUCAUUCAAUGUGAGCAACCUGAACAUUUCAUUGGAUCAAUGUGUACGUUAUUUUGAUAUGACAUAGGGUUGAAUACAAUACGGUAACCUUUAACUAUUUUGGUCUUUCAUACCGACAGUUAGUUUGUUGUAACAAUAUAAUUAGCAGAAUAUGUACAUUAAUCGAACUUAAUAAAUAUCUUAUAGCCUAUAAAUCAAACCAUUUGUGUUACUUGUUAUUUUGACCACAAAACUAAGAUCUUACAUUUUGUCACGUUCACUGGCAAAUUUAGUGUCUGUUCCAAUAAAAAUAUUUUAUCAAGUUACCUCAGAUAAUUGUUUUUUAAGCAUUUAAAUAUUUGCAAUUUUAACAUACAUUCGACUCUCUUUUGUUCGAACUCGCUUGGCUUGAUUUUUUUCUUUAUACUCAUGUUUUUGUUUUGUCUUUUGACUCUAAUUCGCGAGGGUCGAAUUUUUUGAUGACUCGGAAGUGUUUGUUAAGUCCUUAUUGAUGGUUUUGCUCCAAUUCGCUUCAAGUGUAACAAAGUUGUAAAUAAAUUAGGCGCGUUGGAAGUGUCACACGAUUGAUUGAACUGUUUUUGUUAAUUCAUUAUCGACUAAAUCGUUAAUGAUGUUUGAGUUAAGUAUGGCAUAGACACUGUUUAUGCAAGCUUGUGUUAUGUAGAAAAAGCAUUCUGACAAUUUGUGCUUUUUCAAUACCACUCAAACUGACAUCCUAUUAGUCCUGGAAAAACACUUACUAAUAAACAAAUAUUUUUGUGGAA